AUGGCAGCAGUUCUGAGGCACAGAGGUGAAGCCAUGCCAGUUCAAAUAAAAAAGUUAGAAGAAAAUGAUAUUUCCGUAACUAAAAAACCAUCUCCAUUAAGCUGAGUAAGUUAUCUUGUAAUUGCUUCCAUGGCUAUUGGAAUCAAGAGCUGGCAGCCUCUAGCCAUAGCUUCCGCCAAACAAGAGGAUGGGUCCUACAACUUCAGCAAAGGCACGAUGGUUCUGAUGUGUGAAAUCACAAAGCUUCUUAUAUGUAUCCCUAUAUUUCUCUAUUCUUAUUACACUACUGGGGCAUAUUUUGCUCUGAUUUUUUUAUUGCCCCAAGCUGCCCAGGAAUUUUACAACAGAUAUUUAACAGUUUUUUUCUAGCAAAAAUUAUAGCUAUCAAAAAUUUUGGUAAAUUUCCACAAAAAAUCUAUGCGAUUUGAAAAGAUCAGAGUGAUGGCAUGCAGCCACUACUACGGACCCUUCCAAAAGAUUUGCGAUGAUGAAUUUAUCAUUUCAAGAUUCACUGACUCCCCCCCCCCCUCCGUGAGUGAACAAAAAAAUUUUGUUCACUCACGGAGGGGGGUUAAUUUUUUUUUUUUAAAAAAAAUUAUAUAUAAAUUUUCUAAAAAAUUUUUUUUUUUGAAAUUUAAAAAAAAAUCCUAAUUUGCAAAAAUUUGAAAAGCAAAUAUUAAUUUAAUUUAUUAAAUUUAUGUUUUAAAAUGCAAUUCAUUUAAAAUUAAACAGAAUUAGCUCUAGAUUUCAUUAUAUUAAUUAUCAUUUAUAUAUCAAAAUUUUUUUCCAUAAAAAAUUUUUGUAUUAAAAAAAUUUUUGUUCACUCACGGAGGGUGGGUUUUUGGGCAAAAAAUGGCGAUUUUUCUAAUGGUUUUGUUCACUCACGGAGGGGGGGGGAGUGAGGUAUAUGAUCCCUGCAAUUCUCUAUGGAGCUUCAAACACACUUGUAUAUUUUGGGCUGAGCUAUAUAAACCCAGCGCUAUUCCAUGUGCUCGGAAAUAUUAGGAUCAUAACUGCAGGGAUCUUGUAUAGGAUUAUUAUGAAGCAAAAACAGACUGAUUUGCAGUGGCUAGCUUUAAUGUUUUUGACAAUAGGAGCAAUUUUAGCGUCCCCUGAUGCGUCGAAGUCUGAUCUGCUAGGGGAAUCUUCCAAAGCUUUACUUGGUCUCUUUUUUAUCACAACAAUGUGCUUGAUCAGCACAUCUUCAAGUAUUUACACAGAAUUAUUUUUCAAAAAAGGCCAAGAUAUCAGCAUUUGGUACCAAAACUUAGUUUUAUAUAUGUAUGGGAUUUUUGUGAACGGAUUUUAUUUAUUAUUUACAGAGCAUGAGUCACUUAACGCCAAUGGCUUCUUUUAUGGGUGGGACUGGUCUGCCAUACACGUGCUAGUAGCCCAAUCCUUGAUGGGGGUGAUUUUAUCUUUUGUGUUUAAAUAUUUAGGGAACUUUUGUGUAAUUAAAAUAUAAGUUCUUCUUAUUAUUUUUUUGAUUAUAAUUUUUUUUAGAUAUUUUUAAUUGAAUCUAGGGAACAUUGUUUAUGUGAUUUCACUCACAGUUUCUAUGGUAAUAACUGCAGUUUUUAGUAUCAUAUUUUUCGAAUUUCAGUGCACCUUGACCUUUAUCUGUGCAGUUAUGGUGGUCACUGGGGCAAUCUACCUAUACUAUAGGAUGAAAAUCCUUGAUCACUACAAAAUAGACGAGAGAAACUUCAGCUUUUAA